GCCCCCGGCUCUGCACCGCCCGGCGGGGAGGACCCACGUGGAGCGGGAACACCGGCCCGGACACCGGGCAGAUAGAUACACGUGCUAGGCGGCUGGGAAGCAGGCCAGGCGCUGCCCGCGUGUUCCCUGCCUGUUGUUUGACCUGCAGCCAUCGCUGUGCGGAUGGGCAGCGAUUGUUAAGUUUCAUUUCAAGAUGGCCGCACUGCCCGGCUCCUGAAAUCCACACCAAAGACUCAAGUUUAAUUCCUGAUGCUGCCGGACCUGCUCCCUGCGCAGGCAGAGCCUCCUGCUGCGAUCGGCAGUGCUGCCAGGGGUGCUGUUGAGCACCCACACAAGCAGCUUCGGGCUCUAUCCCAUGUUCUGGCAGGGCUCAGUGCCAUGCUGCCUUCCUGCCGUGCUCAGAGGGACAGAAAGAACAGCCGUCCCUUGCUGUGCCUUCCUCUGCUUCAUGGGGAAACAGGGGUUUCUUGUAUCGUUUAUACACGUGCUCGGCUCUUUACCCCUGCCAGGUUUGAGAGGAUACCCCUGAGAGCACACCCCAGCCUGAGGACUGCUCCAGGACGCUGCUCAGAGCUCACAGCAGCAGCAGGAGUGGUAACGGAACAGCAAACUCCUCAGACACCCACUUCAGUUUAAAACUCUGGUGCUUAAUUCUGGGACUCAGGACCAGAGUGAACCUGUGACGUACCUACUGAAAGGAAAUCUGACCCACAGAGAAGAUUUUCAGGUUAAAGACGCAUGAUAACAGAGAGGUUCGGGAUCUCUCCUAAUCGCUCAGUAUCUGCUUAAACAGCUUACAACGUUACUCAAAGGAAGCAGUAAAGAUAAAAAGGGCUUCAAGAUUAUCAAGAAGAGAUAUAAUUAUGUUCAUAAUAUUAAUAUUUAGCUUAGUGUUUGCGGUCAACAAUCUCAGCAGAGAAGACCUCAGAGGCUACAAAUGUCAUGUGGAAAAUGCCUCAGACAUAGCUGGCAGAGUAAAGAGCCUGAAGAUCUUCCUGCAAGCCCCUGACAUAGCAGCAACCAAGAGGAAGUUAAAAAGAACCCAAAAAGUGAUGACUCUGGAAUGCUUCAGUCAUCAAAGCCCCGUGCAAGUAGAUGUGCUGUACUUGAAGAACAUGAGUAGAUAUGUGACAGACUGGACAGUAGAGAAGCAAAUCCUACACGGCCUGAACAACUUCAGCAAUGCAGAUGGGAAACCUGUCACCGGCCAUAUGUGUGUUUCACAAACACAGCACAGGAAGAUGUUUCCAAACAAACUUAUCAUUAGAGAAAAAGUGUUUCUGGAAGGGAUGUCAGAUUGUGUUGUAACAGCAAAACUGCCCAAGACGAAAGUUUCUGCAGAGGGUUUGGCUGUCCCGAAGAUGCACCGCAGAAACCAUACUUUGCAUGAUGGAAUUCCACCCACAGAUGACAAAGAUAUGCUGAACAGACAGAAACUUAGUAUCAUCCUCAAAGUGUUCAUUGCUGGUAUCCUAAUAGCCUUUGCAAUGUGCUAUAUAGUGGUGGCUAUAUGCAAAAUUCCCUGCUCGUGCUCGUGGAUCAAGGGCAUCAGCAUCUACAAAAGACAGCCUGCAGGCCACGUUCCAGCAUAUGGCCAAACAGCACAGCUUUUAACUCCAUGUAUGAUAGAAAAGGCGGCACUGGAAACUUUUGCCUGACUCUCCUUCCCCAGGAGAUACCAGGCGUGCUGCUAACUUCCCUUCAGUCCAACCAGAAGAUGUCGCACCACUAACCCCCAGACCUGAAGAAUGCCAACACUGCUGUUAGACUCUAUGAAUAAGAAUAAUCAAUAAAUAUUUUAUUGCCAUUUCAAACCCUGCCUCUUCCAGAUUCUUAAUUUUUCCCCAUAAUUUUUCACACGCAUAAUUUCCAGGAUUUUUAAUCUUGCUGUGAAAUAGUUCAGACAACGAGCAUACAUGUAGCAAACUCAUCUUACAAAUAGCAGACCUCCUUCUCCAGCCUCAACAAGAAUAAUGCAGAUGUUAACUGUUGAGCUUCAGCCCUUCUCUCAGUCUGAGGGGGUGCAUCACAUUUCCAUGUGCUGAUAGAAAAUGUAUUUCUCAUCUAUUUGCAAGGUACUUCUAUCUAAUACAGUUGUCAGCACUCAGACAUGAACUGCCAAAGGCCACAUCUGUCUGCUACAGAGAACAGCUCUCAUCAAGUUCCCAGAAUCUGCAUAAAUGAAUAGCAGCAGCCUCUGAGCCUCUCGGUGAACAGUGUACCACUUCCACAGAGUGAUGCAGAUCCUGUUCAUCUGAAUCAACAUUAUCCAUGCUCUGCGGGGCACCACAAUAAUUUCACACAAAAUUACUCAUUUUCUCACAAUAGCAUAAAAAAUGUUGCACAGAAA